CAUCUAAACUCGAUUAGUUGGGAACUAAUUAAAGCACGCUCAUGCUGAGAGACGUUAAGACCUCAGAAAGUAUUUGCAUGAAUUUUUGUAUUCAUAAGGCCAUUCACCGAUUUUACUCUGAUCAACUUCAUCACAGGAGAGUCAGUAACUCUCAGCGCCGCCAACGUGAUUCAGCUCGAUCGCAUGUUCCGUGCGGAAGUAGAACGACUGACCUCUCAUGCCGCCGUAGCGUACCAGCUAUAUCACGCGACCAGGUUUGGACUUGCGGGAUUUGUCACGUCCGCAGCCGAAGUCACAGCACAGAUUGAAAAAAAGGAGGAGAGAUUAUUCGGCUGUUCGGAAUGCGGAAAAAAAUUCAAAAGGUCAUCGACGCUGUCCACUCACCUACUCAUUCACUCCGAUGUACGGCCAUUCCCGUGCGACUACUGCGGAAAGCGAUUUCAUCAAAAGUCCGAUAUGAAGAAACAUACCUACAUUCAUACAGGAGAGAAACCUCACCGAUGCGUCGUCUGCGGAAAGGCAUUCUCGCAGAGCUCCAAUCUUAUCACCCACACAAGGAAGCACUCCGGAUUCAAGCCGUUUGCCUGCUUCUUCUGUGGUAUGGCAUUUCAACGUAAGGUGGAACUGCGUCGACAUACCGAGGCUGCACACAUGUUUCUCCAGAUGCACUCUCAGUUUCCGUCGGUACAGAGCGGUGUGAGUAACCAUACGCAGCAGGUACUGCCGAUGCAGACAAGCGUUUGCAAGGCACUCCCGACCAUUGGUCAGUCUCAGGCUCAAUCAAUGUCUCGGCCUCCGCAAACCUCAAAGACCACUCUGACCUCAACGGGCUGGAUGACGUUACUGCCCUCUAAUACCUACGAUGCUUAA